UUCUUCCAUGAAAAAUAUUUUAUAAACCGAUAUAAAAAUGACCCCAGCUCAUCCGUUGUGCAAGACGCAGUGAAAUACGCUGAUUAUUUGACAACCGACCGAAGGAGCGUUUUAAUUUUAUUAUUAUUUAUAUUUACGUGCGGCGUUUGCUGAAUUUCAACUAGUGCAGGUGUGCAGGCGGACACUUUAGCAGAGAUUUCUUGUGAUAAAUACGCUCGCUGAGCUUGAUUUUCAAUACAUACAGCAUAGUGCCGUGUUUGCAAUAGUUCGCUUAAUUAUUUGCCUCGUGCCGUACCAAGAGCAGCUUGUUUGCUACCGGAAUGAAGCUGCCACUGCUCCACUAGCUUGAACAGCGAACGAUGCUCGAAUGGUCUCUUCAGUUGCUGAACAAUGAGGACCUUCCGAUAUUUGGCAUUACUGGCAGCGGCAUCGUUUCUAUUGCUUCUGUACUACAUCUACAGGGUUGGGGACCGACCCAAUUUCACCGAGCAGGUUACGGCUGAUCGUUUUCCAAAUGAACAAACGAAAGCUGCACUUAGUAGAAAGUCUUAUGCCGGUUCGUCGAAUGGCACCGAGAUAUCGGUGGUGGUGGUGGCAUGCAACGAAAGGCACAACGAAGCGCUCAACAUGAUCAAAUCUGCAAUCAUGUUUAACCGCAACCAGUCGCCGUUACGAUUCGUCGUGAUAGCGGAGGAGAAGUUGAAGCUAAACUUUAUGGAGAAGUUGAACGACUGGCAGGAGGUAACAGAUCGAAUAUUUACGUACGAAAUUCAUUCCCUAACGUUUCCACGCGCCAACAAGGACGAGUGGAGGAAACUGUUUAAACCUUGUGCUGCCCAAAGACUGUUCUUGCCGUCGCUCCUGCAACAUCUGGAUGCAGUGCUGUACGUUGAUUCUGACACCGUGUUCCUAUCGCCCGUGCAGGAGAUAUGGGCAAAGUUUCAGAACUUCAACGCAUCCCAGUUUGCGGGCAUGGCACCAGAACACGAGGAUACCAAUGCCGGAUGGUAUAAUCGGUUCGCUCGCCAUCCCUACUACGGCGAGUUGGGAGUGAACUCCGGCGUCAUGCUCAUGAAUCUGACGCGAAUGCGAGACUUUCGCUGGGAAGAGCACAUCCUGCCGAUUUAUCGUGAGUAUCGUUUGCAGCUAGUCUGGGGCGAUCAGGACAUACUGAACGUUCUGUUUCACUACAAUCCGGAUCGGUUGUACAUCUUUCCGUGCGAUUGGAAUUACCGCGCCGACCACUGCAUGUACAUGAGCGUGUGCGACGCUCCGGACGGGGUGAAAAUAAUCCACGGCAAUAGAGGAUACUUUCACUCGCGGGCGCAACCCAUUUUUAACCUUAUCUACUCGACCAUCGAAGAAUAUACAUUUCGGACGGACGUUUACGGCAACUUCAUACGCACAAUCGAAGAAUCGCUGGUGCUACCGAGCAACUCGAACUGUGAUAAACUGUUGGACAAAUUCUUGCUAGAUCCGCGCAAACAUUUCAAGGAGAAUCAGUACGACGAGGUGACGUAGCGCCGGGUGAUGAGCGAUUCCAUCAACUUAAACUCGCACCGUCGGCCAUUCCAUUAUGAUAUUUGUACCAGCACGAGAAGCCAACUGACCAAUACUCACGACUCUCGAUAGAAGAUUUCUUAAGUGUAACGACACAAUCAUGGCGCAAACAAACGAUGAAGUAUUGUAAAAGAAAAAAAAAGUGUGUAUAAAUAAAUGUAUUGUACUAUUUUUA